AUGGGCAAGAAAGUAAUCCUCCUGACUAUCAUUAUUGCGGGAAUUUCAGCAUUUGUGGGAGAACGUGUGGUUAACCUCAGAAAGAAGCUUCUUGCUAACAGGGAACUCAAGCAGAACCACCUCCCCAACUGUAGAUACAUUAAAGGUCUUGACUAUGGGUCGGAAGACAUCACAAUACUUCCAGGUGGACUGGCAUUCAUCAGCACAGGUUUGAAAGUACCAGGAUUUCAAACAGCAGAUGGACCGGGGAAAAUCUACAUCCUGGACAUGGAGGAGGAGCGGAUGAAGCCUGUGGAGCUGCGCAUGGGAAGAGGCUUCCAGAUCGACUCUUUCAACCCCCAUGGAAUCAGCACCUACACUGAUGAUGGUGGUGCCAUCUACCUCUUUGUCGUCAAUCAUCCUCAAGAUGAAAGUCAGGUGGAAAUAUUCAAAUUCCUGGAUGAGGAGAACUCUCUCGUGUACCUGAAAACAAUAAAACAUGAACUCCUGAUCAGUGUGAACGACAUUGUGGCUGUGGGACCGGAGAGUUUUUAUGCCACAAACGAUAACUACUUCAAACUUCAAGCUGACGGCUACUUCAAUGAAAUUCUGAACAUGUUGGGAAUGUGGCUCUCCUUGCCAUGGUGUACCGUCGUGUACUACAGCCCAGAGGAAGUUAAAGUUGUGUCAGACAGUUUUUACAUGGCAAAUGGUAUCAAUGUUUCUCCAGACAAAAAGCACAUGUAUGUGGCAGAUUUUCUCGACAGCAAAGUUCAUGUGAUGGAAAUACAGGAGAGUAAAGAUUUAAUGCCUGUGAAGUCUGUGGAUAUAGGAACACUUCCAGAUAAUAUUGAGGUGGAUCCUCAGACUGGUGAUGUAUGGGUGGGCUGCCAUCCCAACGGCUGGAAAAUAUUUUUCAAUACACCACAGGAUGAUCCGGCAGGCUCAGAGGUUAUUCGGAUUGAGAACAUCCUCUCAGAGCAGCCAAGUGUGCAACAGGUCUACAUGGACGAUGGCAGCGUUCUGAUUGGCUCCUCUGUGGCUGCACACUACGGAGGGAAGCUUCUGAUUGGCUCAGUCUUUCACCGAACCCUAUACUGUGACCUCUAAUGGAACUACACAAGCCGUGCACUGUGCAAUAGAUGCCUGUGGAAGAUGGGAAGUACAGUAAUGUUGAUGGCUGUUUUAAAAGAUUUGUGAAUGUACUGUUACUACACAAAUUGUGCACUGUUCAGGAUGAUGUUGAUUGUUUUAUCAGAGAUUUGUGAAAGAACUAGGGCUGACUCUCUGUACACUGAUAUUGUUUUCAGGCUGACCAGACUGGUACUGUUGCCUGUGUCCACACCAGUAACG